AUGGCUUCAACACCGCCCCUCGAGCCAAGCUACACCGAGAUGAAGACGCGCGAUGUUGAAAGUAUCGGGGCUCAUUGCCAGAUGGAAUACUGUCAUGUACUAGACUUCCUCCCGUUUCGAUGCGAGAGCUGCAAAGGGACCUUUUGCCUCGACCACCGCACAGAACAUGCACACCAGUGUCCCCAGGCAGGCGAGUGGGCUCGAAGACGCGCAGCCCUAAACCGCUCCGGUUCACUAGCACCCAAACCCUCGCUGUACACGCAUGACCAACAGUGCGGCGAAACCACAUGCAAGACACUCAUCAACACAUCCCGCAUGCCCGCGAACCAGUGCGCAACAUGCAACCGCUCCUACUGCUUGAAGCACCGCAUGCCCGAGGACCACGAUUGCAAAAACGUGCCACGCCGCGGGGCGGCCUCCGGGAGUGCAAGGCAGCAGACGAUGAGCGCGCUUUCGAAGCUGAAGCUGUGGGCCGAGUCGAAACGGAAAGAAGACGAGCAGCGAAGAUCAGGCCGGAAGUCAGGUUUCCUCGGACUAGGGGGAAAGAGCUCGUCGGCAACAGCAGCGGCCAGUGCACAGGCCGAAUUCAAUGCGCUCAAACGGACGGCAAAGGGCGAGGCAAGCGUGCCUGUGGACAAGCGGGUAUAUCUCCACGUCGAGGCCUCGGCCGAUACAACAAAGGCCAAGUUUCCGACUGGGAAAUUCUUCUACAACAAGGAUUGGACCGUGGGUCGGGUGUUGGAUAUGGCGGCCAAAUCGCUGCAGGUGCAAAAUGUGAAUAAUCGCGGUGGCGGCGAGGAGGAGAAGCUCCGUGUCUUUCAUGUAGAGGGCGGGCGGCUACUCAAGUUCAACGAGAAGAUUGGGGAGCCGUGCAAGAAUGGGAAUAUGAUUGUGCUUUUGCGGGGUGUUGGGUCGGGAGAGGCACCUGAUCUGAUUGACUUGUGA